AUGGAUACUAAAACGCCUCAUUCUGAAAACAAUAACAUUAAUAGUAAAAAUAACCCAGUGUCAUUAACUUAUGCUGAUACAUUUUCUGAAGAACCUUCCUCGUUUAAAAAUUCACCACCUCCAAGCAUUAAAAACGGAAUAACAUCUUGUUCGGGAAUUGUUAAUUCUAGAGAAAUGUCUUUUACAGGAAGUGUUAGGUCCAGGUUUUCAAAUAAUAGUAGUUGUUCAGCUAUAAAUGACCGGGUGAUUGAUCUCGAAAAUCGGGUUCAGAAGUUGGAAGACUUGUUAAAAGUUAAAGAAGAAGAGUUGAGCAAACAAGCUGAAAUGAUAGAACAAUUGAAACAAAUGUUGUUGGAUAGCCAAUUUAACAAACGGACAAUAAUACACAAAAUUUGGGAUCGUAUAAAAC